UAACUUCAUAGUACUUAAAAAUCCCUUUAGCAAAAAGUAUUCAUACUUUGAUAUUCCAAAUUAUCAAAGAGAGGAGCUAGCUUGGAGCCAGCUCUGGAGCCAGCUCCACCUAGAAAUAUUUCAGCUCCAACUCCGGCUCAGCUCUUUGUAAAAACACCAGCUUCAGAAAGCUCUGGCUCCAGCUCCGGAGCAGCUCCAAAGCCCUGCAUUGAUAUAAAAAGUUUUGCGUUCAAGUUUAUUUUUGAUCACAAAUGGUAUUGAAAAAUGGCUGGUAGAAAAUCCCCUAAGAAGAAUCUUCUAUCUUUUAUAGUGAGCACCAUUGACAAAGCUUUUUACCAUGUGUAUGAUGGUGAGCCACUAAAACCUAAGAUCAAAAUUUUAACACAAGAUAGCAUUUUAGAAGAAGAAGCAUUGUUUUGCAAAAACAAUGUUUGUGUACAUUCUGUUUUGGGUGAAAAUUAUGAAAAUGAGCACAGUCUUGGAUAUUUGUGUAUUAAGAAGAUUUAUAGAACUGAUAGUGAGAUCUCUGACUUGAUGCUAAGUUGGACUCCAAAUACUUUGUUAUCUACAGGUUGCACUGACUUAGGGGAACUAGUCACUGAUGAAAGUAUAGAAGAUAGAAAUUUAGAUAAUCAAACAUACAACAGUAAAAUAGAAAUUAAUGAAACUAGCAAAGAACUUAAUGAAACUGAUAAAGAAAUUAAUGAAAUCAGUAAAGACAGCCUGAGUUUGUCUUUAAACUCUUCAAUGAAUUUUGAGACACCAUUGGGAGAGGUUUUUAGUAUAAACAUUUUAGAUGUUAAAACUCUCAAGUUAUUUUUUGCAAAUGAAUUUAAAGAUUCUGGUCAAUUUGUUAUUGGUACUUAUGAAAAUGAGUAUAAAGUUUUUCAUUUCCAUAAUACAGGUUUAAUUAAGUUAGCUAAUAUUUUUGAGUCAUGGAAUGGUUGCUCGGAUGACAAAGAUUUGGACCCGAAUGAAACUAUGCAACAAGUAUUCUAUGUUCGUUCUGGUAGAGAAAAUAUCAUAAAUGUUCAUGAGUGUCAAGUACACCCAGAGGAAGGUAGAUAUAAGGCACUUAACUCUCUUCGAUGGCAAAGUUAUAUUAAUUCUGCUGGACAGCUUGAAGAUGCUUACAAUUUUAGAAAGCAUGUAUUCUUUGGUGGAGUCAGUCAAGAUGUUCGAGUUGAUGCUUGGAAAUUUUUACUCUAUUACUACCCAAUGCACUCAACAAGUUCUGAAAGGGAAAUUUUGAAAAUAGAAAAACAAAAAGCAUAUGAAGCUAUCCAUGCAAAGCGUUUGGCUUUAUCUUCAGAAGAAUUCCAAGUAUUUUGGCGAAAAGUACAAUUUACAGUUGAUAAAGAUGUUGUUCGUACUGAUAGAUUCCACCCUUAUUAUGCAGGUCAAGACAAUCCAAAUAUUCAAAUAAUGAGAAGUAUUCUUCUUAACUAUGCAAUCUAUAAUCCUGUUAUCAGUUACACACAAGGUAUGAGUGAUUUAGUUGCACCAUUGCUUGCUACUCUCCAUAAUGAAGUAGAUACAUUUUGGUGUUUUGUUGGUCUAAUGGAAGCAAGUAUGUUUGUUGCAACACCAACAGACAGUUCUAUGGAGGUUUCUUUGAAUUAUCUCCGUGAAUUGCUAAGAAUUAUGUUGCCUGAUUUUUAUUUGCAUUUCUUGGGACAAGAUUAUGAAAUGAGUUUGCUUUUUGUUCAUCGAUGGCUGGUUCUAUGUUUCAAGCGUGAGUUCCUCUAUCAUGAGGUACUUAAGAUAUGGGAAGCGUGUUGGUCAAGGUAUCAGACUGACUACUUUCACAUAUUUGUUUGUGUUGCAAUAGUGAAGCUUUAUGGCUAUUAUUGCAUAGAGCAAAAAUUAAAUUCUGAUGAAAUUUUGCAGUAUUUUACAGAAAUGGCAAUGAAGUUUGAUGGAGCUGCUACAUUAAAAGAAGCACGUUUUUUUUUGUAUAAAUUUAGACAGAUGGCUAAAAUACCUUGCUCUUUAAUUGGCUUGUUGUCGGGUAAAGGAGUCUGGGAUGGAGGAAUUUCUCCUGAAAUUGAAUGUGUUAGUCAUCAUAAAAAAUGUUGUAUACAAGUUGUACAAGAUAAUAAAAUAGAAAAUAAAGUUGAUACAGAUAAUGCUAACAAUACAGAAGAAAACAUAUCUUCUCAAUUAACUUUAGAAUUGACCGAGUUAAAAAACCAACCUGUAAAAAUUGAAGAUGUUGAAAAGAAUGAAAAUGAGCAACAUUCAGUUGCUAAUAUGGUGAUAUAUGUCUAUAUGAAAACAGUAGGAUGUUUUAACAUAAACUCAUAUGGUUUAUCACUUAAUAUGUCUACUUCUCCAUUAACAAAUUCAAACAAUGGUUUUGGUUCAAGAUUUAAUGGCCAUCCUAAAGAUUCUAUAGCUUUACCACAAAAAAAUGUGAACUCCCAACUAAUGCAGGCAGGGAAUUUUCCAAGUAAAAUGAUUCUUGAUGAUUUGUUGCUUUCUCAAGGUUCUCUUAGAAAUGAAGUGAUGAGAAAUGAUGAAACUCUUCAGGCUGUUCGCCAAGAAAAUAUCAUGCUUGCUGAAAAAGUUCAACAUGCCACAAAUCUUUAUCGACAAUUACUUACAAGAGUUUCAAAAACAGAAGAACGUAUGGCAUUAGAAUCAAACUCUAUAUCAUCUGUUGUCAAUCAAGCCAAGCAAGUAGAAGUUUUGUUAACAUCACAACAUGAACAAAUGGUUACUCGUGAACAGAAACUUGUUAUGCAAGUACAAAGGUUACAAGAAGAGGUAUCAAUUUUGAAGAUAGAGCGUGAAACGUCUCAAAAAUCUGUUCAAAAUAUGAGUCAAGAAAUUCGUAUGAUUAGUGAAAAGCUUUCGCGUCAAAGCGUAUCAUUAGGAACAGGAUUACAAGACCUUAAAGCAUAUUUGGAUAAUAAAGAACAAGAAAGAAAGCAUGAGAUUGAUGUCAAAAUAAGCGAGUUAAAUGAGCGAUUAAAUGAUGAGUGUAAUAAACGAGCUGUUUUUCAAACUCAAACAGAAGGAAGAUUUGAGACUACUCAUCUUCAAAUGAAUCAUAAUGAAAAGUCGCGCAACGAUGAUGUUUAUAAGUUAGCAACUUUGGUUAGAGAAAAAGAGGCUUUGUCAAAAUCUGAGGUGCGAUCAUUGCAAGAUAAGCUUAAAGAAAUGAUAGAGGAUUUUGGUAAAAUUCAAUCACACAAAGACCAUCAACUGCGAAAUGAAAUUGAAAUUAAAUUAGCUGAAUUAGAUAGGAAAAUAAGAUCAGAAGCAAAGCAGAUGAUUGAUCAGUACAAAGACUACCAUGAGGAAGCUUCAGUAAUGAUUCGUGAAAUUAAAGAAUUUAUAACAGAAGAAACUGAAAGAAUAGCUGCAAAAUUACAGAAUAAUGGAUACACAGAUCAAAUCAAUGAAAUAAAAGCAUCAAUAAAAACGCUUGAAAAAGAGGUCAAUCAAAAUAAAAAGGAAAUUGAAAAAGUUGUUCGUGCUGAAAUAUCAUCAAGACUUUCACAAGGAGAAAAGCUCACUCAUAUGGUGACUCUGAUCAGAAAAGAUACAAAUGAUGGUUUAUCAUACAUGCAUCAAACCUUGAGUGAAAAUAAAAAAAAAAUAGACAAUGCUGAGGAAACAAUUAGAAAAGAUGUUGCGCGCUUGGUUAAUGACUCCUUAUCAAGUAUGAAUGCAAAAGCAGAACUCCAUCACAUCAGAGAUAUUCAAAAGAAAAUUGAAGAUAUUGAAGAUGCUUUAGAUGAUGUAGUGAAACAGGAGGAGCAUAUUGAAAUGAAUAGCGAGCGUAUCAAACAAAUGGAGAUGGAAAAUAUUUUAGCACAAGGAGAUAUAAAUUCUGCUAUUGAUUCAAACAAACAGCAAAUUCUAAGUCUUUUAAAACAAAACAAUGAAGUCGUGGAUCAGAUUAAAUCAGUUGAGAAAAAGCUACAUUAUCUUGCAGAAACUUUCCAAAAUUUUAAAGAAAAAAAUGGCAGUAUAAAUAGACCUUCAAAACCUGUUCUCACUCCACGUGCACCUCAAAACAAUAAUGAGUUAAAUGAACAAAUCAAUGACAUCAGUAGAGUUGUGGAUGUACUUACAGAUGUGCUUUCACAGAUUAUCGACGCAGAAUAUGAAGAGAAUAAAAAUGACAAACAACUGGAGGAGUUGAAAGAAAAACUAGAUAAACUGAAAGACGAGGGUGAUGGCAGCGAAGAUGAUGAGCCAAUUCAUGUAUGGAAGCAAAGUGACGACGACGAAAAACAAAGUGAAUUAGAAGAUGACGAGUCUAAAAUUAUUCAAUCCCCAAAAAAGAAAAAACUUGAAUCUAAAAAAAAGAAACCAUCUGAUGAAGCGAACGAUGACGAUUGGUCUGACAACUAAACUCCAAAUCGAUAAGUGCAGUUAAUAAAUUGCCAAGUUCAACUCGUAAACUGUAAAGUACAACUAGUAAAUUAUAUUAACAUAACUUCAUCUUCCAAACUCAACUAAAUUACGUUCAUUUAUUUAUAAAUUAAAUAAGUGUAGCAACAUGUUUUAUUUUACGAAAUCAUUAGAUAUAUUAUUAUGAUUAUAUCGUUAUAAAAAAUAACGUUUUUGAUUUUGUUUAAGUUUUGUGACAAGUGCAAAACAAUGCUCUUGCAGCGUUUUUUA